UUAAAAUAUUCAGUCUUUCUACUUUUCUCUCCCACUUUUCUUUAAAAUUUUUUGAACCCCAAAAUCAAAGUUUUCUUUUUUUAUUGCUUACUUUCAAGAAAGCAAGCUUGCUUUUUUUUUUUGGAGACUUUGUUUGAUCUUUUUUUGUUCACCAAAAUCAAGAAAUCAAGAAAUCAUGAGUGGAAAAUGGGAAGUAUUACCAUUUUGGAUGUUGUACUUUGUGCUUCUAUCUGUGUACUUUCAGGGAUGUUUAUCUGCUUUUAAUUUGGCUCGUCCACCAUGGAAGAAACAGUCAAGUUUUGGUUCAUCAUUUGUUUUUCCCCUUGUUGGGAAUGUAUAUCCAAAAGGGUAUUAUGAGGUGACACUCAAUGUUGGCCAACCCCCCAAACCUUACUUUCUUGACAUAGACACAGGGAGUGAUCUCACUUGGCUCCAAUGUGAUGCACCUUGCCGCAAAUGCACUCCGGCUCCUCACAGCCCUUACAAACCGAAUAUCAAAAACAUUGUCAAGUGUAAGGAUCCCAUAUGUGCAUCCCUUAACCAUCCCUGUCACAAUCCUAACGAUCAAUGUGACUAUGAGGUUGAGUAUGCGGAUCGUGGUUCAUCCAUGGGAGUGCUGGUGAAAGACACAUUUCCAGUAAAAUUCACCAAUGGUAGCGCCGUUGCUCCUGGUCUAGUGUUUGGUUGUGGGUACGAUCAAGAAGUGCCAGCCUCUGCGCAUGCACCUUAUACGGAUGGAAUUCUUGGUCUAGGAAAUGGAAAAUCAAGCAUAGCAUCACAGAUGAGUAGCUCGGGUCUUAUCCGGAAUGUAGUAGGUCAUUGUUUAAGCGGGAAAGGUGGAGGUUAUGUUUUCCUUGGAGAUGAUGUUCUCCCAUCGUCGGGGAUUGUUUGGACACCUAUCGUGCGUGCAUCUUCAGAGAAACACUAUUCUUUGGGACCAGCAGAUCUCCAUUUCGGCGGGGAAGCAACUGGAAUAAAGGGUCUAACAGUAAUUUUUGACAGUGGAAGUACCUUCACUUACUUCAAUUCCGGAGCAUACAAAACUCUGUUGUCUUCGAUUAAGAAAAACAUAAAUACAAAGCAGCUGCUUGAUGCAAAGGACGACAAAAGCUUACCCGUCUGUUGGAAAGGCUCCAAACCUUUCAAAUCCCUUAAUGAUGCCAAGAGCUACUUCAAGCCAUUAACACUUAGUUUCACAAAAGCUAAGAAUAUUCAGCUUCAACUGACACCCGAGGCUUAUCUAAUUCAUACUGAUCAUGGCAAUGUAUGCUUAGGCAUAUUGAAUGGUUCGGAGGCUGGAUUAGGAAAUGUUAAUCUCAUCGGAGAUAUUUCUAUGAUAGACAAAAUGGUGAUAUACGACAACGAGAAACAACAGAUUGGAUGGGUUCCAGCCAACUGCAACAAGCUUCCUUAGUCGUCCUGCAUAUAUCAUGAUUACAGUGAAGAUUUUGGUGACAUAUAUCAAUAGAAAGAAGCAAGCAGAAAGUAUGUCAGUAUUGUAAAGUUUGCUAUCUUAGAGAGGAACAUAUUUUUAGUUGAUCGGUAAUAGAGAAAAUUCACUGUAAUCACCCUCUGAAUAUAUAAAAGCAGCCAGUGUAUGUAUAUUCAGUUCA